UCGUCCACAUACCAGUCGCCGCUACGUAACGUGGCCCAUAAAGCCCGGAUGCGGGUGCUCGCCUCUCUGACCUUGUCACCCAAAUAUGGACGUGGCGGAGAACGGGCCAGCGGCCAACACCUCUUCUCUGACAUGUCCUUCCUGCCGAAUUACCAUCGUGCCUUCGAGAACCCGCACCAUGUGCCCUUUCUGUGGAAGCUUCUAUAACCAGGCAGCUAAUGCCAACGUCUCUCUGCGCAGUAGGUCCACCGCCGAAGAACAACUUCGGUUACCACAGAUCGAAAACCAAAACAAUCCAUAUAUCAGAGUUACGGGUUUUGGACCUUUCAUAACGGACACAAUAGGUGUCAUUCAGACAUACUUGACGGGACUUCUGUUGAGACCCCCCAGUUCUCAAGACAAUACAUUUUACCUGACUCUGCCUCCCGUCCAGGCGGGAACCGAGAAUCGUCUGGUCAGCUUGGGACAGGACGGUGUUAGGAAUCCUCGACCUCUUCUAUCCUCCGCCACCGGCGCCAGAUCCUUGACCGGCAGAUCGGGUAAGGCACCCAGUGAAAUAGGACUUGUAGAUAACGCUCAGGACGAUAAUAUCGUCUACCCAGACAGAGAUGUGUCUAUUAGAGAUUUCAGGGAAUAUAUCGAGGAUGCCAAAGCCACCAGUGAUUACAGCAGAUUACAGGAGUUUUAUGAGGUGACAUUUGGAUCAUUGAUCGAUCUAAAUGCUACCUUUAAGCUCUAUCCAGAGAUGGAAGGAGCAAAAUUGGAACAUCCAGAACUGAAAAUGGAAUUGAUUUAUGCUGUUUACGAUGCUUUGGAUGAUUUGCCUUCCUAUGUAAGUAAAGAAACGCUGAAGAGUAUGGUGGGCGCUCUAUUGGCUACCAAUUGCAGGUUAAAGGCAAAAGACGAAAUCAGAGGCCUCUUCAUAUUACUACUGAAUCCAAUAUUUAGCAAUCAGGCAUCGUAUACGGUGUUUGCCCAUCUAUUGAGAAAAAUAGUAGGUAUGAGUAGCGGAGAUCAUCAACUGUUCAUUCACUGGUUAAGUCGUCUGGACAGUGAGAGAUUACGCCACUUAGUGAAAAGGAAUCUGCAGUUUAUCACUAUACGAGAAUUUCCUCCGGCCAAUGGACACAAGUUGCCUUCGAUGAACAAGAGUCGCUGGUGGAUACCGUGUGCUACCAGAGUUUUGGCUUUGAUAAAUACUGCCAAUAACAAAUUGACUCCAAAUAUCAUAAAUUAUACGGAAUUUUACAACAGUGCCUUGGAUCACAUCAAUUUGAUGGCUGAAUAUUACAGGUGGCAAAACCCAUCUAAGCAUCACAAGUUUUCGUAUUGUCAAUAUCCUUUUAUUUUGAGCAUCGUGGCCAAGAAAACAAUUUUACAAAGGGACUCCGAGCAGCAAAUGAUUCUGAAUGCCAGGAGAAGUUUACUUAAUCGAGCGAUCCAUCAACAAGCGCCCGACAUAGACGUCUUCUUCCUAAAUCUGAAUGUUCGCAGGUCUCAUUUAGUCUCAGACUCGUUAAAUGAAAUCGCUCGCAAACAAGCAGACUUAAAGAAGAAAUUGAAGGUAACCUUCGUGGGCGAACCUGGACUAGACAUGGGAGGUCUGACUAAAGAGUGGUUCUUAUUGCUCAUCAAACAGAUUUUUGAUCCCGAUUAUGGUAUGUUUGUAUACCACAACAAAUCGCGCAGCUAUUGGUUCAGCACGUGCCAAUCUGGAAAUCUGAGAGAAUACAAUCUGAUUGGAGUUUUGAUGGGCCUGGCAGUUUACAACUCGAUCAUUUUGGAUUUACACUUUCCCACCGCUUGUUACAAGAAACUGUUGAGUCCACCAGUAGUGCCUCAGGAUCUACAACAAGCUAAAGUCGGAGUCUGUAGCUUUUCUAUGAAAGAUUUCUCCGAAGUGAUGCCAGAUGUGGCUGUGGGUCUGGGAGAACUGCUUUCCUAUGAAGGAAACGUCGAAGAAGAUUUCUGUAUGAAUUUCCAAGUAUCGGUGGAAGAAUUCGGAGAAAUGAAAACUCACGUAUUGAAAACAGAAGGGGAAAAUAUUCCAGUGACAAACGAGAACAGGGAAGAAUAUGUAAAACUGUAUAUGGAUCUUAUCCUGAACAAAGCAAUAUAUCAACCGUUCAAAGCUUUUUAUUUGGGUUUUCAUAGCGUCUGCGCUUCAAAUGCCUUAAUUAUGUUGCGCCCGGAAGAAGUAGAAAUGUUGGUUUGUGGAUGUCCUACUAUAGACAUGGAGGAAUUGAGGAAGGUGACAGUUUAUGAUGGAUUUCAUGAAGAUGAACCUAUAGUGAAAGAAUUCUGGGAAAUUGUAAAAUGUUAUAAUUCGGAUCUUCAAAAACAAUUUUUAAGAUUCACUACUGGCAGCGAUCGAGUACCCGUAGGAGGAAUGGGAGAGAUGACAUUUAAAAUUUCAGCCCUCAACCACAACACAGAAAUGUUGCCUAUUUCACACACUUGUUUCAAUCAACUUGUGUUGCCCCGCUAUACCACUAAGGACAUUUUGAGAGAGAAAUUGACAAUUGCUAUAUCAAAUGCAGAAGGAUUUGGAUUGGAAUAAAAUCUAUAUUAUACAAAGGAAAGUACGUGUAUCUGGCCAAAAGUACAAGUGCCCUAUUUAUCUUCCAUUCGUCCCUCAUUUCUCGACGAAUAAAGAUCUCGGCACCAUCCUGCUUCCCACUUUAGACGUGACUCACAAAUUCUGAAACGAUAAAAAAAUUAUCAUGUACAUAUGUAAAUCAAUCUAGCUUCUAAACAUUUUUUAUCAUUCAUCAAUGAUCAUAUUUGACAAGAAAAUUUAUUUUUGCUGUGAUAGAAUAAUAAAUGUUGCACUUCAGUAUAUUUUUGUCUGUCUAUCAAGAAAAUUAAGUAAUGUAGACAUUGAUUGCUAAAAUCCUGUAUAUUUUUAAACUUGUGAAAACAUAUUAAUUAUUACAAUUAUAAUAAAAAGAAC